AUUGGAAGACAAAGUCGACGCGCGCCACUUGGUUCGGAAGGUUGUCUGGUGACCAGGAGUGUCGCCCUGGUUCGCAGCGGAAACGCGCUGAAGAAGCCGUCCUGGGGUUCCCUCCGAAGUCCACCAGCCCCCCGACAAUCCAGACACGUCAUCCUAUGCGAGAGCUCUCAGGGACUUCUUGGUGAGCCAUGAACGACACCGGGCUGCCCACUCUUGGAGUUUACUCGCUGACGUAUCUGAAUGGCUCCAAGCGCCGCCGGACGUUUCUGGUACCGCGUAUGCAUAAGCGUGUAAUCUUGGACACCAGCGCUGUACCACUCAAGGAUCCUACGGACGCUCAGCAACAAAUGCUUUCUGGACGCUCGUCCAUGAGUGGAGACACCCGUGCGAAUCACGGAAAUAACUGGAGGGUGACGGACACUACACGGCUAGAAGGUUCCGUGCAAUUUAACGAACCCGAAACGUCUGUGGGCGAUACACUGGUUGAAGAUCAAAACCUAGAUGGGGCACGUCGUCAUAACCUCCGAGCACGCCGACAGCUUAGCAUCUCGAGCCCACCGAUGAAGUGGCAAACAAGCCGACCCACAAUUCACAAGCUCAACGCCCCUCCGGCCUCACAGGCAAUCUAUGAAGCGGCGGCGGUUGCGCAGCUCGCAACGGUACGGGCUACUCAGUCUUCAGGUACAUCGCGCGCAGAGGACGCUCGCGUACUGCAAAGGCUUCGGGAAGGAGGUGCUAAACUCUUCAUAAUACAAAAGCCAGGAAAAGGCUAUCGGAGACCCGCUGAAAAGACGUCAGCCGCCGAGCUGGACAUAAGAGCAGUGAAGGUUAAAAAAUACAAUGACUCGCAGGGCAGACGCGAAAAGAUGGAGAAUAAGGCGAUCCAAGAAACUGAUAACUACAUUGGAAUGAUUAUCGGAUAUCCAAACCAUAUAACUGCGCUGAAAGAUAUCGACUACCGUCACGCGUACGUUGAGAAACUUGAAGCUACUUCAGGGUGCCGAAAUACAAUACAGGGAGCAUCGAGCCCCGCCAGCUGUGGGUCAAACAGCAGGAAAAUGAACGGCUUCUUACCAACCGAUAACGUAGAUUAUACCUGCAUACCAAACAGCGGUAUAACAGACAUCUGCACGUCUAUCAGCAGUAGGACAGAGAACUGCACGUCAUGCAGCAGUACUGCAUACAGCCUGAAAGCAGCACGCAGGACGGUUGCUAGCUACCCGUCAACCAGCAGCAUCGCCAGCGUUUGUAAAGACACUCCGGGCACGGCAGACAUCAGCGAACGAGGUACCGGAGAAACCAUAUUAGAUAAAAGUUGGGUUUCCGUACAGUCUGCUUCCGCAAGCCAAGAAAAGUUGUCAGACGGAGUGUCUGCCACACCGGCAAUAGAAACCUUUCGUCAGCAGUACGAUGAAGAAUACGACGAUUCUGAGCUGCCAACGUCUUCCGUAGGAGGGCAACGAAGAAACUGUCUUGCCCUGACUGUUGCUUGUCGUCUGAAAGAAGGACUGCGUUAUCCUCUACUGUUGAACGUGGCCGUCUGCCGUGCAAGAGAGGUGAUGAUGCGGAACGGGGCACUCAUUGUACGAGGACCCAUUAUCAGCGGACCCGAGAUGACGUUAUGCCCGCUUCACAAGGAGUACCUUCACUGCACUAGGCGUAUCGACGUCAAGUUGAUGAACCGGGAGGAAUGGUCCACCCUCGCCGCGGGUCCGCACGAAAUGGUAGUCGGCUGCGCAGCAAGGAAGCUCUCGCCACCGCUGUCCAUCCAGGUGACUGGGUUGGAUAGAAGAUCCUUCUAUACUGUGGCUCUUAUCUUCCUCCCACUUGGGGUUCAUUAUUUAAAAAGUGGAAACAUCGGAAGUCUGUGGUCGGAGUCGAACGACGUCAUCAGCAAACAUCAGAUUGCUCCGGAGUACAUGCAUCACUUGGGACUGAGGUCGGGAUCAUCAUGGAUGCGUGAACCCAUACACUUCGAUCGCUUAAAGCUGACCGUCCCGCCUUCUUCGAAGCCGUCCUGUGUUGCAUUGGAACGGCGUCGCAUGUACCAACCUGUCCUUCAGUUCCGCUGCAUGAAACAUUCGACUGCCGUGAACGUUAUCCUUCCAGAACUUCGCUUCAUUGCCGUGUACGCUUACCAAAAUCCCCAAAUCAAGCUGCUCAAGGCACGGUACAGGAAGAAUGGACUGGAAGGCAUCGAUAUAAACAACCCUCUACGCCAUACAAGACGGUGCUAUUCCGUUUCACCUGUAGAUAUAUCGCUGCCAAAAUCUCCGUUGAAUAACAUCUUCCAAGACAUACUGUACAAUCUUGAAGAGGAAAACGUCGACAGUCCGGACGAUGCAGGUGCUAGGGCAGCUCCCACCAGCAGACGUCCUGCCGACGAUACCGUCCUGAAUGGUCAAGACAACGAAGUGCCAGAAAAACGGAGGAAUCUCGUCGAUGUUUCUAGGGCACCGUCUGCUAGAAGUACAGCAGGAUCUGAACGACCAUCCAAAGCUUCUGGAGACUAUGUGGUAGAAGGCUAUGAAUGCCUGAGUUUAAGUGAAAGAGAGGAAGGUUCUUGUGUUGGUCGCGCUGCGGACACAGUUGUUGACACAGCCGCUGCUCACCCUGGCGGAUGUACGGCUAGUAACGUCAACCCUGCGCCAGAAAAGUUGAGCAUGGUUUCACCUUCUCACCAUUCUCGCAGCAUCGUUACUGCAAAUACACCAGUGGCUUUAAGCAAAUCUACAACACCGGUUGAUUUUCCAACGAUAGAUGACUUCUACACAAGGCUAGCAAGGUCACCGCUGGAAAACCCCGGUUAUUUCGACGUCGCCGAUAUUUGUUUAGGUGAUCGUUCUCCAAGCGGAACAAAUAGACGCGUACAAAACGAUCGCCUGGGCUCGCCUGUUAAUGUCGACAGAAGACCCAGUAGCAUAGAAGCAUUGCUUGGCAUUACGGACGAAGAUCUCAAGUUCAUUAUAAACCGUACGGUGCACGAAACGACCAGCAAUAUGCCACAGCAUAUCCAGCUCUGCGAAUAUUCAGCAGGCGAAGUACUGAGUACUUCGCCUGCGUUCUCAAGCGACUGGUGUAACAGUCAAAUAGCGGAGGACAUAGGCGGCGGUUAUGCCUUUUCAAGCACUCCGAAAACUGGCGGCGAUUGGUCGAGUAACCAGGGCGCUCUGGGCAUGACAGGCGACUGUGGAGCUUUGUGUGGCACAGGGCUCAUAUCCGAAUGGGUGGGCAAUCUACGCACAGAAGCUGUAACACAUGACUAUGCUAUUUUGCACACACCAAACAUGUCCGCCCAUGGAUCUCCCGGAAGGAACGACAGUUUGGAAACCGUUAGCGAGACGGACAGGGCAGUUAUGUUUCUCUUGCAAGAUGCUGAAGCAGCAAAGGCGAAGGUCAGCAGAUGUAUUGAUGAUAAUACCAGGCAAGUCGAUUUUGCCGCAAGCUAUAAUGACGAAGACAGCUUGUUCGAGCCUAGUUGGAAAUGGUAUGCACAUGAUGCUAAGGGAGAAUCAUCUGCAUAAGCUAGCUCAGACAGCUUCGAACGAGCUUGUGUCGUUAACUAGCGUGCGUUUUAUGCACCAGUAAGCGUGCCAUAAUCAAUAACGAAAUAAUAAAAAUGUGUUAACCUCGGCGA